UGAAAUGUGUUGCAUUUCUAACCUCAUUUUCUCACCAUUGUUUAUUUUUCAAGUAAAUCACUACAAAGUGCGUUUAUGUCGUACCUUGAGCAGCAUUAACUUACAAUUUGGGACAUUGAUUGAAUGCAAAAAAUGGAUCCGGUUGAAGGGGGCGAAGUGAGCGUUGGUCAAGAGUGGCCAAAUAUAAAUACGAGAAAUGAAGACAAGGAAGAGGAGUCUUCAACAUUUGUCGACAAGAAAAUCCUCAGGAUGAUGAAAAUGAUGGGGUACCAGUCGGGUUUCGGCUUGGGUAAAAACAAACAAGGCGUGACGCAACCAGUCGCAGUUGAGCCACAUCUGAGUAAAAGAGGCUUAGGUUUAGAAAUAAAAAAUUUGGAGUAUUCCAAAGAAGAGUGGGAUUUCUCUUCAGAUAAACCAACAGUUGUGGAAAAAAUUGACUGGUUGUAUAGCCAACCAGAUUUGCAAAUCAGCGAGGAUGAGAUGGCGAAAUGGCUAAGGGAGGACAAACCAGUUAAUAAUAUGGACGAAGAGUCCAAUUUUUGUGAUAAACAAACAUUACACGAUGUUUUGAACGGAAAAAAUAUUUUCGACGUACUUGACCUCAAGGAACUUUGCCAAGCUCGCGCAAGAGCCAAUCCUUUUGAAACAAUCCGUUCUGUUUUUUUCAUGAAUCGAGCAUCGUUAAAAAUGGCGAAUAUUGACGCUGCCACUGAUUUCAUGUUCACAAAUAUAAAUGAAGGGGACUUGGGGCCCUAUUACUUUGCAGACGUUUGUGCCGGCCCUGGGGGGUUCACCGAGUAUAUUUUAUGGCGGAAGAAAUGGCUAUUCAAGGGGUUUGGGCUCACGUUACGUAGCGAGAACGAUUUUAAAUUAACGGAGUCAUUUUGUGCCUCUCCUGUCACUUUUUUGCCACUGUAUGGGGCCCAUGGUGAUGGUAAUGCUUGUUGUCCUGAAAAUAUAAGCGAUUUUAGUGAAAAAGUUUUAUUUGAAACGGAGAAUAAAGGAGUGCAUUUCAUGAUGUCAGAUGGCGGAUUUUCCGUUGAAGGCAACGAAAAUAUGCAAGAAAUUCUCUCAAAGAGUUUAUAUAUCUGUCAAUGUUUGAUUGCUUUAGAAAUUUUAAGGAACCACGGGCAUUUUGUGACCAAAGUAUUCGAUAUUUUUACGUGUUUUAGUGUUGGACUUUUGUAUUUAAUGUACAAUUGUUUUGAGAAAGUGUGCAUUUUGAAACCGAAUUCAUCAAGACCUGCAAAUUCGGAACGAUACAUCAUUUGUUGCAAUUACAAGGGUCGAGAGAAUGUUGCAAGUAUAAAAAAUUAUUUGAGAAAAAUAGUUCAAAGGUUGUGGGAACUAAAAAACGACAAUAAUUUAGACGUAACAGAAAUCGUACCUCUUUCUGUCUUAAAAAGUGAUCACAAUUUCUAUUCGUACGUUUGUAAUAGUAACAAUAGAAUAGCCAAAAACCAAACGAAAAAUCUCCAAAAACUCGCUGCCUUUUGUCGAAACCCUUUAUUAACAGAGUACCGACAGGAACAAUUGAGAAAACAGUGUCUAGAUUAUUGGAAAAUACCAGAUAAACCCAAAGUACCUCUCCCCAGGUACACAACUGAGGACCUACUUGACGAAACUGUCGAUAACCGAGAAUUACUUCUGGUACAGCCGCGAGAAAUUUACUCUAUUGAACAAUUACACACAGUGGUGGAUGACUUAAAUGAUUGGCAUUAUGCCUUAAUGCACUGUAAAAAGGCCACCAACAUUUGCAACUUUUAUGCAGUUCAUGUUGCCAACUUAAUUGCAGGGGUGGGAUUGUCGCGAGUCUACAGAUUGCAAUGCAAUAAAUGGGUGAGAGUGAAAAAUUUGCAGUUGGUCCGUGGAACCCUACUAUAUGGGGAAUUAGUCAAAGAAAAGUGUUCUAUGGAAAAUUCGGUGGGAAAAGUGGGGUAUAAGUAUAGUUUACACGUUAUAGAUGCUCUGCGACUGGGAGACCUCUAUUUGACUGAUUUAAAAUUUGACGAAAGAAUAAAAUUAAUUAAAGUCUAUUGUAAAGCGAUUAAUUAUGAAUUUCGCACUAAUAGUAUCAGGAUUCGUGCAAAAACAAUUGAUGAAUUGCAAUCCUUACCUCUGAAUGGCCAUUUAAACAAAGACAAGAUUUUUGGAACAUAUUUUUCUCCACUACCGGUUUUGGGAUAUAAAGUAAAUAACGAAUGUUAUGAAGUAAAUUCGAUUCUACUUUUAAAAACUAGCGAACACCAAUCGUUUCAUUCUACGUAUGUCUUGAGGGUACAAAUAUUUUUGGAAGAGGACCGACAAAAAUUUUUAUCUCUAGAGAGUUUAAUUGAGUUUAUUAGACAAAAAAAGGCUUUGCUGUGACAAGCCUGUGUUUUUAUUGUUUUAAUAAUAAGUAAUAGGAUUUUAACAAUUCACUUUUUUAGGGAUUAAAUGCAUUAUGCUCAUAAAAAACUCACUUAUACCUACCUCAGAUUGUCCACUUUUAAUUUGUGUUGUCUCGUAAAUUAGAAUAGAUUUAAUUAACACUUGUACUAUUAAGUAAUAAAUACUGUAAAUAGUUUUAGUAACAGAACUUUGUAAUUGUUUUUGAUGUGUUAAACUGAUAAGAAAUAUAUUUUUCAUAA